UCCGUCGACCGCGCACCAGCGGCCGCCACGACGAGCCGAUGACCGACACAUGAAUCAGCAUAUGGUAUUGCUCCUCCCCCCGCAAUCCUUAAGGAUACAGUAACAAAAGGGUGAUAUAUUGUGAGUGACAGUCUGUGUUAAUCAUUUUGACCAUGGGGCUCAGCAAGGUUGAAGUGAACCUGAGAAGGCUGCUUGAGGCAGCUCCUAGACAGCAGAAUCAGGCCAAGCUUGUCCAUUAUGUAACCACGGCCAGAGGGCUGUUGGAGCAGCUCGGAGCAGAAAGUACACCUGAAGGGUUAUCAAGUGUUUCAAAAGCUAAGCCUAGCGGAUAUUCAGAAAUGAUUGAAGCAUUAGCUGCCACGCUCUUUGCUCCACCAGAAAAUGAAAAGCUGGCUGAUGAAAUCAGAGGAGAGUCUUGUCAAGGAGAUCAGAUAGAAAGUACGAUAACCUUGUCAUCAGAAUUACGGAGGAGAUCAACAGCUCAUUUUGAGAUUGAACCAAACAGUCAUGACAGAAAACAAAGUUAUGUUGGAACACCAAUUAAAUUGGAUGCAGACGCUCAGACUCGCGUUGAAAGGCAGAGAGAGCUGCAAGAAGAUUUGACUGACGAAAUGGUUGAGUUAGCGCACCAACUAAAGGAAAGUAGCCUUGUAAUGAAUCAGUCUGUGCAAGAGACAGGGAAGAUACUUGAUUGCACAGAGAGGGCUGUGGAACAUAGCUUGGCAAGCACCAGUCGAUCGACCGCACACGCAUCAGAGGUAUACUCGCGGCAUUCCAGGACAGGUUGUGUCCAGUGGCUGCUCAUCAUCAUGAUGGCUUGCAUGUUUGUCAUGGUAGUUCUGCUCAUACGGGUCACCUGAUGUCACUGCCGCUGCUGAGAUCAUGCCAUCAGAAACGGUUCUGACAUGACAUAUAUUGACCAGAGCGAGCACCCCCUGCGCUUUCGUUAUGAUUAUUCACACGACGGGGAAGCAAUGUAUACUUGUUUUGUUUGUUAACUGUGAAGUGUACUACAGUUCCACUUGUCGUCCCUCCGUCUCAUCAAACUUGUCUUAGAUUUGUCUAAAUUUUGCUGUACCUACACACUAAAUGGUGUGUAGAUAUGUCCAACAUUUUGCAAAUCUAAGACAACUUUGGGAUGGAGGGAGUAUUAUACAUGGCACACUUUUGUGAUUCGCCAUCAGUAGGUGAAUAAUCAGCCGACACAUGCAUUGUACCCCAGAAGCCUAAAUUUGGUGUGCUACAUAAGUGCAUGUGACAUGGACUAUUUGCCUUCAUCGAUUCAAGUAUAUCUAGAAAGUAGAGGUUAGUGUUACCUCUACAAUCAA